AUGACCGAGGGCUCGACCACGACCGACGAGUCCUUGAGCGUCGACGUCAAAUCGGUGCUUGCGGCGACGGCGCUGGCCCUUAUCAUCCUAUAUGUGGCGUGCUGCCUGCGCCGGGCGCGCCACGAGCAGCUGCUCCAAGGUCCAGCGAGCGACGCCGAGCAGGAUGUCGCGGUUUCAAGCACCCAAUCGCCGCCCGCGCAAGUGAGCGCGCCGACUGCCGCCGACAUGCUGACGUCGAUGACUGAGCUGCAGAGCCUGCGCAUACCGACGCAGAGCAUCAGACACCGCAAAUUUCUUGCCCGUGGUGCGCAUUGCUCAGUGUACAGCGCUCAGUACGACGGGGCGCCCGUAGCGAUCAAGGUGCUGUCUCCAGAUGAGUCAUCUCUCCAGCAAAAGACACGCGCGCUACUGCACGAGCUUUUGCUCUGCUACCGCUUAGAGCACCCCAACGUCAUGCGCGUGCUAGGCGUUGCAUGGACAGAGCAUCAUGUGAAAGCACCUUCUGACGUGGCGAUGGUCAUGGAGCUUCUCCCAGGCGGCAACUUGCAACAUCUGCUCGCUGCUGACAUUGAGCUUCACGCAUGGAAGUGGCUCUCGACCAAGAAGGCGCCCGUGACCAAGCUCUCGUUCGCGAUCGGAAUCAUGGAUGCCCUCGAGUACAUGCACGCCCAGGGCGUUCUCCACGGCGGCUUGAAGGCCAAGAAUGUGUUCCUUACACCAACGUACUCUGUCAAGCUCAGUGACUUGGGCGUGACGCGCCACACCGAGGUCCAGCUCGCGCUCAGACCUCCAUCCAACGCACCGACCAACCGCACGGCCGGCUGGAUUGCCCCCGAACUCUUCCAGAGCUCAACUAGACACAUGCAAACCGCCGUUCUCGACGCUCGUGGGUCCCGGUGGCCUCGAUAA